GUAACCGGCAGAAGCGGCGAUGGCGGCGUCUGGGGGGCUCAUGAUUUGGUGCAUGGAACAGCUCCGCGGCGGUUUCGGACUAGAUGUUGGCGAGGAGCUUGUCCAAUACAUCUUGUCUAUCGAGAAUGAGGAGGAGAUCCGGGAGUACAUUGCUGACCUAGUCCAAGGGACAGAUGGCAAGAAGAAGCACUUUGUGGAUGAGCUUGUCGCCAGAUGGCAAAGGUCCUGCCAGCCAACAACAUCCGACCCAUUGCCGCUGUAUCGGAAAAAAGAUGAUACGUUAGAGGCUCCUCGGUCAGGAGACCAAGCCAAGAAGGGACGACGCAAAGGGAGGAACAAGCAGGAAGCCCCUGUUCAUAUUGAAACCGACCAGCCAAUGGAGGAAGUAAAAACGCCACUCGACUUAGCCAAGGCCCAGGAGAUGAACAGCAGUGGCGGCAGCAGCUCCUCCAAGAAGAAGGCCAAAUUUGUCAACCUGUACGCAAAGGAAGGGCAAGACAAACUGGCAGUCAUGCUCCCUGGGCGCCACCCCUGCGAGUGCCUGGCCCAGAAGCACAAGCUGAUCAACAACUGCAUGACGUGCGGGCGCAUCGUCUGUGAACAGGAGGGCUCCGGGCCCUGCUUGUUCUGUGGCUCUCUGGUGUGCACAAAAGAAGAACAGGACAUCCUGCAGCGUGAUUCCAACAAGAGCCAGAAGCUGCUGAAGAAACUCCUUGCAGGCGCUGAGAAUUCAGGGAAGGCGGAAGUCAGCAGCAAGGACUUGCUCCCCCGUCAAGAGGCCUGGCUCAAGGCGGGUUUGGAGACGGCCACGAAACACAAGGACAAAUUGCUGGAGUAUGACAAGACAAGCGCACGCCGAACUCAAGUGAUCGACGACGAGUCGGACUACUUUGCGACGGACUCCAACCAGUGGCUCUCCAAGCAGGAGCGGGAGGCCCUGGAGAGGAGGGAGAAGGAGCUGCGGGAGUUGCGGCACAGCUCACGGCUCUCCCGGAAGGUCACCCUUGACUUUGCCGGCCGGCAGGUCUUGGAGGAGCAGGACGGCUUGGCGGAAUAUCACAGCAAAUUGGAUGAAACGAUUGAAGCUCUUCAGAGCGGCACCUUGACAAACACAAUGCGAAGCAUCGAAGGGAAACACAACGAACCUGGAGUCCUCGUGAAUCCAAACCUUCUCCAGCCAGCCCCUGUGUGGGUGGACCAGACCGGCUUACUCACCCCCAGGAAAAUUGGCCCUUCUGCGGAAGCCAAGAGCGACGCCAACUCAGACAGGAGCCUCUUACGGAUUCAGGACCGAGAGUUACAGGAGAUCUCAGACGGUGGCUGGUGCCUCAGCAUGCAUCAGCCUUGGGCCUCGUUGCUGGUCAAAGGGAUCAAACGGGUAGAGGGCAGGACUUGGUACACAGCGCUGAGAGGCCGGCUGUGGAUAGCGGCCACCGCCAAAAGACCUUCCCCUCAGGAGAUCUCUGAAGUGGAGGUCAGCUACAAAGUCCUGCUUCAACCAGAUUUGGAAUUUCCCAAAGAUUAUCCCUCCGGCUGCCUGCUGGGCUGCGUGGACUUGAUUGACUGCCUGUCGCAAGAGCAAUUCCGGGAGCAGCAUCCGCAGUUGAGCCAGGAGUCGGCUUCCCCGUUCGUCUUCAUCUGCUCCAAUCCUCAGGAGAUGAUAGUCAAGUUUCCCAUCACAGGCAAACACAAAAUCUGGAAGCUGGAACCGAAGAUUCACCAGGGAGCGAAGAAGGGGUUGAUGAGGCAGAAAGCAUCCGCGGGAGCUGCCAGACACGAGCCCUGAGCCCUGACUCCUCCUCGGCAGUGGCAGAAGAACGGCUCUCAGGCUGGCCAGGGAGCGGAGGCCAGGGAGGAACUGCGCGGGGUAGGGAAGGGUUGGGGAUUACAGGCAACACAGGUGGAUGGAAAGGAAGGAGGGUAAAUUGUUAUGCGCGGGGUAGGGAAGGGUUGGGGAUUACAGGAAACACAGGUGGAUGGAAAGGAAGGAGGAUAAAUUGUUUGUUAUGUGCCGAACAAAAAUGAUAACUAAAGAGAAAAAUGAGCGGCAGAGCCAAGGGCAUAGGAAGGAGGGCGGCAUUCACACGCCAGUCCGUCUCCCCAUCAUUGGCUGACUUUUAGGCCCAGCCGGAACUGCGCCAGGGGUUCCUGUGGUCUCCCCCCCUCCCCCCGUAUUAAAGCCAAGCAUCCAUUGGCGUUGUUUCCUCCUUGGC